CUUCCCGACCCCCGCAGCGUACAUUUACUUGGAACGGGGAAGACGGCUGAGCACACCGCGCGUAACCACCGCAGUGAACGGAACGAAUCUGAUCUUGCGGAAGCGAGGGAGUAAAGAAGCCACGGCGCAUCCCACGUUGCGCAUCAAACGGUGAGGUGUUUCACAGCCGACAGACGACGGCAAGUUAGAGACGAAGUCGGCUGGUGCCCUGUGACGAUGACAUCGGACAUCAUGAACGAAUCGCUGGCAGCUCCUUCGUCGUGGCCCCCUACGGCAAGCUUCGUCCAACGGCUGUGGACUCACAGGGACCCCCGCGUCAAGGACUGGGGCGUUAUAACAGACGCGCGGUUCAUGUUUCCGCUACUGGCCGCCUACGUCUACUUCGUCAAGAUCGGCGGACCCCGCUGGAUGAAGAACAGGCCCGCGUUCGAGCUCCGGCUUCCCAUUCUCCUCUACAACCUGUUCAUGGUCGUGGCCAACGCGCUCUUCGUGGCCAAGUUCCUCAAGCACUCGUACAUCGGCGGCGGCUACAGCUUCUUCUGCCAGGGGAUCGACUACACGGCCGUCGACGAGAACACCCUGACCCUUCUGAAGACAGCGUGGUGGUACGCGUUUGUCCGGAUAGGAGACUUUUUGGACACUAUAUUUUUCGUGCUGCGCAAGAAGAACUCGCACGUCACGUUCUUGCACGUGGUGCACCACUUCAUCGUCGUCUUCGACUGCUGGAUUUGGAUUAACUAUGGCCAUGACGGCCAGGUCAUUCUGGGAGUGUGCGUGAACGCCUCGGUCCACGUGAUUAUGUACGCCUACUACUUUCUGGCUGCCCUGGGACCCGAAGUUCGCAAGCACCUUUGGUGGAAGCGGUACCUGACCAGGAUCCAAAUUUUCCAGAUGGUCUUCGUUGUGCUGCACAUGCAGAUUCCGCUCUUCUACGACUGCGGAUACCCGAGAGCCUUCUGCAUCACCGAGAUUGUACAACUGUGCAUGGGCAUAGCACUCUUCAUCAACUUCUACUUGAAGACCUACAAGUCUCACAGCGGCAAAGUAACAGACGUGGCGAAGACGCUUAAGAGUGAAUGAGCUCUCUUAGGCGCGAAUGGCAUUCCAAUGAGGUACGAACUGUUUACUGCUCUUUCGCAACGCGCCCAUGAGGCGCGUGUACGAGAUAACGAGCGAGUCAGAUGCAUCCUAGCGUAUUUUAUGCCCCAAAAAUACUGGUGUAUAUAUGAACACAAUCUACUUCGACAGCGCAUUCGUAUGCUCCCUUCUGCAUAAUAGACCAUUUGUGAAGAAGCGUCACCUAUAAGGUAAGCCACGAGCACCUGAAACGAUUAAUUCAUCUAUUCCAGCAUUACAGCAAGUCAUUUAAUGAAAUAUGGGCCUCGCUUGCGCUGCUGUAUAAGAUUAGUCACUUACACGAAUACAUGUGUAGGUACCGAGGAAUAUGAAGACAAAUGUGUUUACUUCAUCGUUGUGACGUUUCACAUUCAGCAGCCGUUCUUUCUUCUUACCGCGGGUAUUUUCAUGCAAGAUGUUCAUUUUGACAGAUUUGACAAUAGCGGUGCCGUGGCUCUGUUGCUGUACAUAGUAUAUUUCGAACGCGUCUGUGAAAGAACGAUGGUACUCUUUGCGGAUGGCUAUACGUUAACAUUUUUGUACUAUUAUUGUAUGCUCGUGUAUAUAUAUAUAUAUAUGUAAUAAAACAGGUUACCAUCGCUGUUCAGC